AUGAUCAAGAGGACAAAUAUCCAAACUAGACUUUUCUUCAACAACAGAUGCAAGUCUUUGAACCUUACACCCAAUUCAUGCGAAGUGCAGUGUACAGAGACGUUAGAAACUCCAGUUGCUGGAAAGAAGCUGCAUAAUCUUCAAGUGAGGCAACGUCCCUUGGUUUCUGGAGUGGUUGACCCUGUUGAUGUUCAUCAUUUUCAUGACCCGGUACUCAAUUUCACUGAAGUAUUUUUUGAACCGGAGGAACUGAACCUUUUAUCGAAAGGCCCAAAGUUUCGACUAGGAAAUGGUGGUACACGGGCAAGACUUUCCAACUUGGAACGAUUAGAUGCAGAAACAGAAGCUGUGGUACAGAGGCUUGAGUCUACAGAUGCAACUAUAGUGAGAGCAGAGUGUGAACAUGUGAUGAGACAGGAAGUGCAGGAGAUCAAGAAUGUGAGUUUUUUACAUCGGGGCCACUUUAGCUUCAGCACAAUUAGAAAGAUUAAAGAGAAGCUGAAUAAAGAAAAUUUGACUUUAACCAGAGCUGACAAAGGUAACAUUAUGGUCAUUAUGAGAACCUCAGAUUAUAGAGAAAGAGUACUGAGGUUCUUCUCAGAGAAUGGUAUUUUGAAGGUUAACCCAAAAUUCCCCACAUUUGUAAAAAAUGUCUGGAGAACAAUCAAACAAUGUAACAUGGUUAUACCAGAGCACUUCUUGAGUUAUGUUUCCCCUCAGUACACGACGAUACCUAGAUUAUAUCGACUAAUCAAAACCCAUAAGACGGACAUUCCAGAUCAGAUGCCAAUUAGACCGGUUGUUUCCUACACUGGUUCUCCUACACACAAGCUUGCAGAGUGGUUGGCUGGGCAUUUUAGACAGAUUACAGGAUUUACUCCAAAAUACUCGAUUAAAAAUAGUGUAGAGCUGGCUAAUAAAAUCAAGAAUAUAAAAAUUCCACCUGGGGCGGUGUUGGUGUCGUUUGAUGUGGUGAAUUUGUUCACAAAUACUCCAGUGGGUGAAGCCUUGGAAAUAAUUAAACAACAUCUUAUUGACAGUAAUUUGAGUGACAUAGAAGUCAUACAAUACUAUAGACUCUUUGAAUGUUGUCUACGACAGAAUUUCUUUGUGUUCGAUGGAGAUUGUUAUGCUCAGGAGGAUGGCCUGUCCAUGGGAUGUCCAGUGUCCCCCUUGUCGGCUGAGCUUGUAAUGGACCACAUGGAGAAGACCAAAAUUUCCAAAAGUUGCCUUUUCAGAGAACAUGUCGUAUACUACUACAGGCUGGCAGGAGAUCGCAAGGAUGCAAUUUGUAAGCACGUACCAGUGGAAAAAAAAUCAGAAGAACUGUCAUUAUCUUAUGAUGAACUGAUGGUUCAAAAUAAAAUAUUAAAUUUAGAAAAUGAGUACCUGAAAAGAUUGCUAGAAGAGUGCCAGGAAAGCAACAGAAUCCUCCGAGAAAAUAAUAAACUCCUUUCUGAUAAGGUUAGUUUCAAAAUUCAGAAGUCGGAUCACGAAUCCUACAGUCAAAUGUUGAAAAAAAAUGUAAAUGUUGAUAAAUAUGAUAACACGUCAAUGGAGAAGAGACAGACGCAGAAACAAACAACUGACCUACGACCAUCGAAAGACAAAUUAAGUCAAAGUCAACUGACGGAAGUGAAUGACAGCAGAAUGAAAGAGCACAACCAAACUACGAUAUCGGACGAAAGCAAACAAAACAAUAAUACUGAACAUGAAAACACGGGGAGAAAUUCGAGCAAUUCGGAAAUUCCAUGGAGGACGAUUAAACCGAAACGCCCAAAAAUUAUUGGUACAGCUACAAACAAUGAAAACCAAACUACAUUUCAAGGUAGGACUAGACUUUAA